AUGUUCCCCAGUCGUCCCUUUUGUGUUAUUGGCUUCUACCGAUACCUAUGGUACCUCAUUCGUCUCACCGCCUCCGCCGUCUAUCGCCCAGUGCCGUUACCCGAAAACCCUACCUACAUUGCAGCCGAAGACGUCACCAUCAUUGUCCCCACCAUUGAUGCGGGCGAAGAGUUCAAAGAAGCCGCUCGCAGCUGGCUAGUCGGGCAGCCAAAGGAGAUUCUCAUCAUCACCGAGGAGAAAAUGUUGAAGGAACUACAAGCCCUCGCCAAUGCCGUCGAUCCGGAACGUAUCCGGGUGUUAACGGUGCCCUUUGCCAAUAAACGACUCCAGAUGAGCCACGGUAUCAAGAACACUACGACUGAUAUCAUCUUCUUCGCUGACGACGAUGCCAUCUGGCCUCCUACCCUCCUUCCCUCUGUACUCGCGUGUUUCGAAGACCAGAAAGUUGGUGGUGUUGGGACCAGUCAGCGUGUACAACCCGUCGGGAAUCGCAUGACGGUUUGGGAAGUGCUUGCCGCUUUCCGCCUCACCAUUCGCAACAUCGAAAUAUCAUGCUCCCACACAUCGACGGUGGCCUACCAUGCCUCUCCGGUCGGACUGCUGCUUACCGCACACAUCAUUCUCAAAGACCCUGAGUUUCUUCACGGCUUUACCCAUGAUUAUUGGCUCGGUAAUACCAGCUCAACUCCGGUGACGACAAGUUUUUGA